GCAGGAGAGGCAUCGAUGGAGGCGCUGGAGCUGGAGCUGGAUGCGGUGGAGUCCCAGAUUCGCUCGCUGGAGACGAAGCGAGAGGGCAUCAGGGCUCUGCUCUUAACCCGUACUCGCUCGUCUGAGGUAAGUGUUCGAAACAACGACAAUCUCCCAGUUUCCUCAACCCCGUGUGCUUCUCUGUCCAGGCCCAGCGCACCGAGGACGCGGUUCACCCAGGCGUCGUUCACGCCGACUCCCGGCUACCACGGCCCCUGGGUGCAGCCGCGUAAGGUGCUUACCAGGUCCCGGGGCAGAACGUCUCCUCCUCCGGUGUUCGAGAUCCCCACGGAGAACCGCUUCGCCCCUCUCCGCGAGACGGGUCGCGAUGUUGCCAUCAUUGGCGACUCAAUCGUGCGCCACGUCCGCUCCACUUCCUCCAAAGGUAACAAAGUACGCACUUUCUGCUUCCCUGGUGCCCGAGUUAAGAAUAUUUCUGCACAGAUACCUACUAUCCUGAGCGCUGCCGAGAGCCUCGGUGCCGUCGUCCUCCACGUGGGGACGAACGACACCGGGCUCCGGCAGACGGAGAUCCUGAAGAAGGACUUCAGGAGCCUGAUCGAGACGGUUCGACGCACCUCGCCCGCCACGCAGAUCAUCGUUUCUGGACAGCUUCCUACCUACCGCCGAGGAAAUGAAAGGUUCAGUAGACUUUUUGCUCUGAAUGAAUGGCUAUUAACAUGGUGUGAAGAACAGAAAUUGCUCUUUGCCAAUAACUGGAAUCUUUUCUGGGAGCGUCCUAGGCUUUUCCGCGCUGACGGGCUGCACCCCAGUCGAGCUGGAGCUGAACUCCUGUCGGACAACAUCACCAGAAUACUUCGCUCUAUCUGACUAGCCCUCAGACUAUGCAGAGUCACUGAUUCGAUCCAAGACCAACAACGAGAUGAUCCCAAGGUUUCCAUAUCCUGGACCUGGCUGAAUCCUGAGCAGC